CUAUUGCUGCUGCAGCUGAUGCCGGACUGGUCUACAAGAAAAUGGCCGCCGGACUCCGGCACUGAGGACAUAUGUGGUAAUAUUCAUAUUAUAGCUUUACAGAGGACGGGGCUGUGGCCUGUGACAAUACUUCCGAACUUAGCGUUCCACAUACAGUGUCCGUGGAGAUCAGGAACUCCAGCUGUCGGGAACGGAGUUUUUACUACACAUCACACGUUCUGUAUUCUCUCUGAUUCACAAGGAUGGACAAGGACAGGAGUCACAGGACUGAGAGUAUAAUAAAUAUCACCCUGGAGAUCAUCUACCUGCUGACUGGGGAGGAUUACACAAUAGUGAAGAAGACAUCCAAUGAGUAUGAGACACCCAGCAGCCAUCUCCGUGUAUCAGGAAGACUGAGUAGAACCCAGAGCCCCAUCACGGUGCCUCCACCUCACUCACUGACACAUGAGAGACACAAUGAUCAGAAGAUCCUGGAACUCACCAACAAGAUCAUUCAGUUGCUGACUGGAGAGGAGGGGGAGUAUAUAGAGGAACACGGGGGUCUGUACGAGGACGUGAUGAUGGAUAAUCACCGGCCCCUCACAUCACUUGAUGGACCCAGUAACAGAGAUACCCCAGAGAGAUGUCCCCGUCCUCUGUAUUCCCAGGACUGUACAGAGGAGAAUCACAGGAUCCCACAGGAGGAUCAGGUAGAACGUCUGUCUAAUACUAAAAUACCAGAUAUAGAGGGAGAAGAAGAGACGUAUGUGACUGAUAUAAAGGCAGAAGAUAUAGAGGGAGAAGAAGAGACGUAUGUGACUGAUAUAAAGGCAGAAGAUAUAGAGGGAGAAGAAGAGACGUAUGUGACUGAUAUAGAGGCAGAAGAUAUAGAGGGAGAAGAAGAGACGUAUGUGACUGAUAUGAAGGCAGAAGAUAUAGAGGGAGAAGAAGAGACGUAUGUGACUGAUAUAAAGGCAGAAGAUAUAGAGGGAGAAGAAGAGACGUAUGUGACUGAUAUGAAGGCAGAAGAUAUACAGGGAGAAGAAGAGACGUAUGUGACUGAUAUAAAGGCAGAGGAUAUAGAGGUAGAAGAAGAAAAGUAUGUGACUGAUAUAAAGGUAGAAGAUAUAGAGGGAGAAGAAGAGACAUAUGUGACUGAUAUAAAGGCAGAAGAUACAAAGGGAGAAGAAGAGACGUAUGUGACUAAUAUAAAGGCAGAAGAUAUAGAGGGAGAAGAAGAGACGGAUGUGAGAGAUAUGAAGGCAGAAGAUAUAGAGGGAGAAGAAGAGACGUAUGUGACUGAUAUAAAGGCAGAAGAUACAAAGGGAGAAGAAGAGACGUAUGUGACUGAUAUAAAGGCAGAAGAUAUAGAGGGAGAAGAAGAGACGGAUGUGAGAGAUAUGAAGGCAGAAGAUAUAGAGGGAGAAGAAGAGACGUAUAUGACUGAUAUAAAGGCAGAAGAUAUAGAGGGAGAAGAAGAGACGUAUGUGACUGAUAUAAAGGCAGAAGAUAUAGAGGUAGAAGAAGAGACGGAUGUGAGAGAUAUGAAGGCAGAAGAUAUAGAGGGAGAAGAAGAGACGUGUGUGACUGAUAUAAAGGCAGAAGAUAUAGAGGGAGAAGAAGAGACGUAUGUGACUGAUAUAAAGGCAGAAGAUACAAAGGGAGAAGAAGAGACGUAUGUGACUGAUAUAAAGGCAGAAGAUACAGAGGGAGAAGAAGAGACGUAUGUGACUGAUAUAAAGGCAGAAGAUAUAGAGGGAGAAGAAGAGACGUAUGUGACUGAUAUAAAGGCAGAAGAUAUAGAGGGAGAAGAAGAGACGUAUGUGACUGAUAUAAAGGCAGAAGAUAUAGAGGAAGAAGAAGAGACGUAUGUGACUGAUAUAAAUGCAGAAGAUAUAGAGGGAGAAGAAGAGACGUAUGUGAGGGGUGAUCAGCAGUGUAAGGAGGAGGAGAUCCCUACAGAUAUCAGCACAGCAGAUGGACACACAAGCAGGAAUAUCUCAGAAGGACAUCUAUUGUUAUCCCCGGAUUGUGACAUAAAAGAUGACAGUAGACAGGAUUCUCCAGCAUUUAACCCCAUUACCCCAAUUAUAUAUCCAGCUCUAUCAACUGAUCCCCCUGAUCCUGGGAAAUGUUCUCCUGAUCACUCUGAUAUUGGUGCAUCUGUUACAGCUUUGAGAGUAGAUACAGUGUUUCCCUGGUCUAUAGAUACCAAAUGUUUUACACAGAACACAAACCUUAUUACUCAUCAGCCAGCUAAGGCAGGUGAGAGGCCAUUUCCAUGUUCUGAGUGUGAGAAAUGUUUUACAUAUAAAUCAGAUCUUGUUACACAUCAGAGAAGUCACACAGGUGAGAGGCCAUUUCCAUGUUCUGAGUGUGGGAAAUGUUUUACAUAUAAAUCAAAUCUUGUUACACAUAAGAGAAGUCACACAGGUGAGAAGCCGUAUUCCUGCUCUGAGUGUGGGAAAUGUUUUGCAUCGAAAUCAAAUCUUAUUAAACAUCAGAAAAGUCACACAGGUGAGAAGCCGUAUUCCUGUUCUGAGUGUGGAAAAUGUUUUGCAUCGAAAUCAUAUCUUGUUACACAUCAGAGUAGUCACACAGAUGAGAAGCCAUAUUCCUGUUCUGAGUGUGGGAAAUGUUUCACACAGAAAUCAGCCCUUGUUACACAUCAGAGAAGUCACACAGGUGAGAGGCCAUAUUCCUGUUCUGAGUGUGGGAAAUGUUUUACACAGAAAUCAGAUCUUGUUACACAUAAGAGAAGUCACACAGGUGAGAAGCCGUAUUCCUGCUCUGAGUGUGGGAAAUGUUUUGCAUCGAAAUCAAAUCUUAUUAAACAUCAGAGAAGUCACACAGGUGAGAAACCGUAUUCCUGUUCUGAGUGUAGGAAAUGUUUUGCACGGAAAUCAGGUCUUGUUACACAUCAGAGAAGUCACACAGGUGAGAAGCCGUAUUCCUGUUCUGAGUGUGGGAAAUGUUUUUUAUCUAAAUCAAAUCUUGUUAAACAUCAGAGAAGUCACACAGGUGAGAGGCCGUAUUCCUGUUCUGAGUGUGGGAAAUGUUUCACACAGAAAUCACAUCUUGUUACACAUCAGAGGAGUCACACAGAUGAGAAGCCAUUUUCAUGCUGUGAGAGAAAUAAAUCCGCUCUUGUUGAACAUAUUAGACAUUACCCAAGUACGGAACCAUUUAAAUCUUCUGGAGUAUAAUUAUCACUGCCAUGCAAUGUUCCUCAAGGGUCAAUCCUAUCUCCUAUGCUUUAUGCAAUAUACAGUCUGGUCCAUAUAUAUUGGGACAUCGACACAAUUCUCAUAUUUUGGGCUCUAUACACCACCACAAUGGAUUUGAAAUGAAACAAACAAGAUGUGCUUUAA